UGUUUUCUUUCCUCCGGCCUCGGGGCUGCGGCUCAGCGCGAUGCKCCGAGACCCCCGUGGGGGCGGCGGCGAGCCCCGAUGAGGCCCGAGCGCCCCCCGCCGCGCCGCAGCGCCCCCGGCCCGAUGGAGGCGCCGCCCUGGGACCCCGCGCGCAACGGCUCGUUGCCGCCCACGCUGACCCCGGCCGUGCCCCCCUAUGUAAAGCUCGGCCUCACGGUGGUCUACACCGUGUUCUACGCGUUGCUCUUCGUGUUCAUCUACGUGCAGCUCUGGCUGGUACUGCGCUACCGUCACAAGCGGCUCAGCUACCAGAGCGUCUUCCUCUUCCUCUGCCUCUUCUGGGCCUCGCUGCGGACGGUCCUGUUCUCCUUCUACUUCAGAGACUUCGUGGCGGCCAACUCGCUGAGCCCCUUCGUCUUCUGGCUGCUCUACUGCUUCCCCGUGUGCCUGCAGUUCUUCACCCUCACGCUGAUGAACCUCUACUUCACGCAGGUGAUCUUCAAAGCCAAGUCUAAGUACUCUCCAGAAUUACUCAAAUACCGGUUGCCCCUCUACCUGGCCUCACUCUUCAUUAGUCUCGUUUUCCUGUUGGUGAAUUUAACCUGCGCUGUGCUGGUGAAGACUGGCAACUGGGAGAGGAAGGUCAUCGUCUCUGUGCGAGUAGCCAUCAAUGACACGCUCUUCGUGCUGUGUGCUGUGUCUCUCUCCAUCUGUCUCUACAAAAUCUCUAAGAUGUCCUUAGCCAACAUUUACCUGGAGUCGAAGGGCUCUUCCGUGUGUCAAGUGACUGCCAUUGGUGUUACCGUCAUCCUGCUUUACACCUCGCGAGCGUGCUAUAACCUGUUCAUCUUGUCGUUUUCUCAGAUUGAGAAUGUCCACUCCUUUGAUUACGACUGGUACAAUGUAUCUGACCAGGCAGAUUUGAAGAAUCAGCUGGGAGACGCUGGCUAUGUGGUGUUUGGAGUGGUGCUUUUCGUGUGGGAACUCUUACCCACCUCCUUGGUAGUUUACUUCUUCCGAGUUAGAAAUCCUGCAAAGGGUCUUACCAACCCUGGAAUGGUCCCCAGCCAUGGAUUCAAUCCCAGAUCGUAUUUCUUUGACAACCCUCGAAGAUAUGACAGUGACGAUGACCUUGCCUGGAACAUUGCCCCUCAGGGACUUCAGGGCAGUUUUGCUCCAGACUACUAUGACUGGGGACAACAAACUAACAGUUUCCCAGCACAAGGAGGAACUUCACAGCAAGACUCAACUUUGGAUCCUGACAAACCAAGCCACGGGUAGCAUUAGUUACACUUUAAUUGAAGAUUCCUUUGUUGAAAAUCUACAGAAAGACAAUGAUAGCUGAGUUUUUUUGGGGGGCACUUUUCCCCUAAGAAAUAGGACUUGAUUUUUAUUUUAUUUUUUUCUAAUGGCUCUAUAGGACAAAGCAAUAAUUUAGAUUGAUAAAUUCUUAUUUUCAGUACUAAUAAGCAAGCCUGGCUAUUUCAUUGGGUAUAAUUUAAAGAAAAUAUGUACUUUUAUAAAAAUGUAUUUUAUAUAACUUAAAUAAUAAUGCUAAAGAAUACUAGGAUUUUUCCUYGAGACUGUUAUGCAAUAUAUGUUGUAGUUUGCACAUCUUUUAUGCAUAAUUCACUUUAAAAGUACAGAAUACAUGGUUUAA